AUGAGCGGGAGGGAAGGCGGAAAUGCAGUUCCCUCUUCGAGUGCAGCGGGCGCAAGCGGCAGCGUCGUUACAGGGGUGACGCGCCGCGGACGAUGCAAGUGGUUCAACGUCGCGAAGGGCUGGGGGUUCAUUACCCCUGACGACGGUGGGCAAGAUGUUUUCGUGCACCAGAGCGUAAUUCAAAUGCCUGGGUUUAGAUCACUUGGUGAUGAAGAGGAGAUAGAAUUUGAAUGCAAGGAGUCCGAUAAAGGCCUGGAGGCGACUCGUGUCUCCGGGCCAUCAUCUGUUGACUGCCAGGGUUCACACCGACGGCCACUCUCCAAAAAACGGUUCAGAAAGAUACGUUGCUAUAAUUGUGGCGAGUUCGCCAAUCACAUAGCGGCUAAGUGCAGUAUUGGCCCACAACCAAAGAGAUGUCACAACUGCAAAAGUGAGGACCACCUCAUUGCUGACUGCCCAAUUAAGGUUGAAAAGAAGAAUGAGCCGUCUAAGAGUUCGAGCAGUUCGCAAGGGGGACAGCAGGACAGCCCACCGCAGUCGUAA